GCGCCUGCGCCGUCUGCGGGGCGGGGGACGCCGGGAUGUACCGGCGGGAGCGCAGCGUGGCCCUGAAGGGCAGCAGCCUGGCGCUCUACAAUAACCUGAGCGUCCUGCCGCUGCCCGCCAAGCGGCUCACCUACUUCGCCAGCGUGCACGGCGCCACCGUCAGCCUGGUCAGCGCCGCGGGGGACGGGACGGGCUGCGCGCACCGCCAGCUGCAGGCCCGCGAGGGCGGCCUCGGGCCCUCCGUCGUCACCCAGGCGGCCUGGUGCGUCCUCCCCUCCCGGGCGCUGCUGGUGCUGGCUUCGUGGAAGGGCAUCCAGAUGUACGAGUCUGACGGGUCUGCCCUGGUGUAUUGGCACGCGCUGGACGGCACCGAGGCCUCGGCAGGGAUGGUGCUGUUUGCUCGUGGGAUUGCAGCGACAGGACAACGCUUUGUUUGUGUGGGGACAUCCUCCGGUUCAGUCCUCGUCUUUGACGUCCCCUCCAAAGGCACCGACAUCAUGUUGAGCGAAGUCCUCGAGCAGCACAGCAGCGCCAUCACUGACAUUGGCGCAGAGCUCUGCGAGCAGCCGGAGGGAGCCGCAGAUCUGGUGACUGCAGACGACUCUGGAGCAUUGUGCGUUUGGCGGUCUGGGGAGACGUUCAGCCUGAUCACCAAAAUCCCAGCUUCUGAGUCCGCCUGCUCCUCUGUGAAGCUGUGGAACGGGGUCAUUGCUGCAGGUUAUGGGAAUGGGGAGAUCCGCUUGUAUGAAGCGGCGCAUGGAACCUUGAGAGCUGGAGUCAGCGCUCACGCACGCUGGAUCUAUGCCCUGGACCUGGCACCGCUCUCUGGGAAGCUGCUAUCUGCCGCCGAGGACUCUUUUGUGCAGGUCUGGGGACUGAGCCACAAUGCAGACACGGAGAGCAUUGAGAUCAAGCAUUGCCAUACAGAGUGUGUGACCGACACCCUGAUUUGUGGUGCCCGCUUCUGCAAUCCUGAAGGCACUGCCUUCGCCAUCACCGGCUUCGAGCUCAGCGAGAUCAUCCGCUACCUCCAGGUGUAGCCCUUCUGGUUGCAGCAGGCUUCUCCUCGGAUUCCCAUGUAUCCAGCGCCUGGGUGUCUUCUUCUGCCCAAUAGCUCAAGGUGCCCCCUCUGCCAGAGAAUCCUGCCAUGGAGGUUGAGCAGGGGAGGCCUGUCCUUGUCUCCCACUGGUCCAGCUCUUCAGCAGGGAGCCUGUGUCACGUGGCUGUGCAGCCAAGGGGAGCUCGGUUGGGUCCUGCAGCAGCACCCUUGCCAGGCUCCCUAAGCUGAGCCCUUGAAGAAAUGCCUGUGCAGCCCAGGAGCUUGGCAGCUUCAGAGAUUCUGGCCAGAAGAGUCCUCCCACCCUGCCCAAGGUUUGUUUAGACUGCAAAUGCUUCCUCGCACACUGGAUUGCUUUUUUAGCAUCUCAGAGCAAGCAGCCACGCUGUCUAUUUUCCUAAAGAAUAAAAUAUAGUUACGAUAGUUAUGU